CCCCACACACACAUAUCCACCAUUAUCUUUUGUCUUAAACGAUGUGAUUGGUGAACAUAGCCACGCAUAAAGCUGCAUAAUGAGAUGAUUAUACAUACCAUAACCAUACACACAUCAAAACCAAGUAAAUAGUGAGCCCUUAUUUUUCCCUAAUAAAACUCCACAAAUUAUCUUUUCUGAAAUACCCAAUUUGUAAUGUAAUUGUAAGGCACAUGCUCUUCAUCCAAUUCCAUCUUUGUGGAGCAUAAUGGACCCCCAAACCUUACCCAACUUCCACUCUUAAAAUCAAUAAAAUCCCAUUUCCUCUUUUUAUUCAUUCCUGUUUUCUUUAAAUGCUUUUGUUAAGUCAUUUUCAUUUUUCUCUCUAAACUUCAACCACCCAAUCCACCUUCACAAAACUCUAUUAAAAACUUUCCCUUUUUCCUUUUCUCUAUAUCUCAUUUCAAUAUCCAUGGAGCCUCAAGUAUUGUCACCAAGUAGCAGCGGCAAAAGAACAAAUUGCAAUUCACCCGAAUUCGAGUUUUGGAUGCUCCGAAACCCAUCUUUUCCACAACCCAAUCUUCUCACUGCUGACGAACUUUUCGUCGACGGUGUCCUCCUUCCACUCCACCUUCUCUCCACCACAAAUAAAUCCGACCCACCACAACAAACACCCAAAAUAGACCCAUUCAUCCACGACCCGGAUCCGGAUCCUCAACCUGAAUCUUCACCAGCUAUAACAGAUUCUUCUUCUUCUUCUUCUUCCACUUUCUCAUCGUCCAAGCGAUGGAAAGAUAUUUUCCGAAAAGGUGAGAAAAAAAACACAGAAAACAACACUGAAGAGAAAGAUAAAGAGAAAGAGAAGAAGAACAAGAAGAAAGAGAGAAAAAACGGAAGCGGUUCAAGUUCUGCAGAGUUAAACAUCAAUAUAUGGCCAUUUUCACGAAGCAGGUCUGCCGGAAAUACGGGUACCCGACCCAAAUUGUUUCCCGGAGCUUCGGUACCCCGAAAAGUUAACAGCGCGCCGUGUUCCCGGAGCAACUCUACCGGAGAUUCAAAGUCGAAGAAAUGGCCUAGUAGUCCGGGUCGGGCUGGAGUCCAUGUCGGUCGGAGCAGUCCGGUCUGGCAGGUUCGCCGCGGCGGUUCCAAAAACUCUGAGCAGCAUCAAACGACAAACAUCGAGAAAGCGUUAAAGAGAGAAACCGCCGCGAGUCGCCGGAGCAAGGUGGUUCCCGGCGGCGGAGCGAAAGCUAGGGUUUUGAAUCUGAAUGUUCCCAUGUGUAUUGGUUAUAGACAUCAUUUGAGCUGCAGAAGUGACGAGAAUGGGGCCGUAGGUGUAAGUAGCGUCGCCGCCACGAACGGUGGCGCUGAUGUCCGUGGUAAUAACGGUGGUGAGUGUCAUCACGAUGAAGGAAGUGGCGGUAAUCUUUUUAAUCUACGUAACCUCUUCACCAAAAAAAGCAUAGUAACUUCUCACUAGUUUACCUUUUUAACCGCACCACACUUUGUGUAAUUAUUUAUUACUAGUACUACUUUUUCUUCUUUUGUUUUCUCUUUAAUUAAUUAACCUUUUUUGGGAUUUUUU